CUCUCUUUCUCUCUUUCUUUAUUUUAUUUUAUUUUAUUUUUUUAUUUUUUUUCACACGCAUCCGUACCUGUUUACCCAUACGCUGAAAACAACGACAUGUCUUCAUCCUCGUCAUCUCCUCAGGUCACUGUCCGUGCUGCUACCCCUGCAGAUGUAGGAUCUAUCCUCUCAUUGGUCCAUGAGCUUGCAAAGUAUGAGAAGGAACCUCCAUCCACUGUCGAGGCCACAGAGGAAUCAUUGCUCAACACUCUUCGCUUCACUCCCCCUCAUCCGACCUCACAGAACUUGGCCUCAUGUCUCUUAGCAUUCAUCCCUUCUUCAUCUGAACCCGUUGGAUUUGCUCUUUAUUUUACAAACUAUUCUACCUGGAGAGGCAAAGGAGGUAUCUAUCUCGAGGAUCUGUUCGUGAAGGAAUCAGCCAGAGGGCAACGCAUUGGCAGGCGCCUCUUGGGUGAGCUGGCUCGCGAAGUUGAACUGAUGAACGGAGGUCGACUGGAGUGGUCAGUACUGAAAUGGAAUGAACCUAGUAUCCAGUUCUACAAGUCCUUGGGAGCAGUUGCGAUGGAUGAGUGGCAAGUCAUGCGUGUGGAUGGUGAAGCAUUGAAGAAGCUUUCUCAGGAUGGUAAAGGUUUUGAAGGAACCAGCACCACUCUUAUUUAGUUACUCUAUCUCUUUUUAGUCUAGACCGCUUUAUACAUGAAUCUGAAAUGCUGCCUUUAAAAAAGUAUACAAGAAUUACCCGUGGAUGUGACAGUGAAU